AAGCAAAGAUGACCGACUUUGAGGAACCGCUCUCCGACGAGGAGAAGGUCCGUAUAGCAGCCAACUUCGUGACCCAUGCUCCCCCUGGCGAAUUCAAUGAAGUCUUCAAUGAUGUACGACUUCUCCUCAACAACGACAACCUCCUCAGGGAGGGGGCAGCACAUGCCUUUGCCCAGUACAACAUGGAUCAGUUCACCCCUGCCAAACUUGAAGGUUUCGAAGAGUCGGUCCUCAUUACGGAGCAUGGGGACUUGGGCCAGGGUCGGUACUUUGACCCUCGUAACCGGCUGUCGUUUCGCUUUGACCACCUGAGGAAGGAGGCGAGCGAUCCGCAGCCUUACGAGGGCGAGGCUGCUCUUCGAUCCUGGAGGGACGCCUGCGACGAAGCGCUCAAAGCUUACGUCAAAGAGCACUACCCCACUGGAGUCUGCACGGUAUACGGGAAGACAGUUGAUGGUCAACAGACUAUCAUCGCCUGCAUCGAGGGCCACCAGUUUCAGCCUAAAAACUUUUGGAAUGGACGUUGCAGGUCAGAAUGGAAGUUUACCAUCAACCAGUCUACAGCUCAGGUGGUAGGAGUGCUCAAGAUCCAGGUGCAUUAUUAUGAAGAUGGCAAUGUGCAGCUUGUGAGCCAUAAGGAAGUGGAGGAAUCGAUCGUAGUGUCUAAUGAGACCCAGACUGCCAAGGAAUUUGUAAAAAUCAUUGAAAACGCAGAAAACGAUUACCAGACGGCCAUCAGUGAGAACUAUCAGACCAUGUCAGACACCACCUUCAAAGCCCUGCGCAGACAGCUGCCCGUCACCCGCACCAAGAUCGACUGGAACAAGAUCCUCAGCUACAAGAUUGGAAAAGAGAUGCAGAACGCCUAGAGCCCCAGCGCCGCUCCGCUCCGCCUCCGUCUCUCGCUCAGUCUGUACGAGGACGGGGCGAAAGGAACCUGGCUUGUGUGUGUGGGAAAACAGAGAGCAAACUCUCACCGCCACCCACCCCCCCCCCCCCC